UUUGGUUGAAAAAUCGUGUAUGUUGUAAAAUAUUAACGUGGAGUUUAUUGUAACAAACGUUUCGUCUGCUUGUUAAAACACGAUUAGGAAACUGAGGAUAUUAUGUGCUAGUAUCCUACUGUACAGUGCUAUAAUAAGAUUAAAGAUAAAUUUUGAAAUGGAGCAAGAAAAAAGUGGAGAAAAGUUAAAGCUGAAAGAAAAGAUUGGACUUUGGGCGGGAAUUGCUGUAUUGACAAGUUCCAUAGUGGGGUCUGGUAUAUUUGUAUCACCUGGUGGGGUGCUUAAUGCAGUGCAUGGCAGUGUUGGUAUCAGUUUGUUGGUUUGGAUUUUAUGCGGGGUAGUUGCUGCACUGUCUUCACUUUGCUAUUGUGAGUUAGGAGCAUCACUUAAUACUUCUGGGUGCGAUUAUGGAAACUUCCAGCUUGUGUAUGGGAAUGUGGUGGCUUAUGUUUACCUUAUAACGAAGGCCUUCAUCAACGCUUCAGCUGGAAUUUCGAUUCAAGUUUUUGUGAAAUAUUUCAUCAGUGCGUUCGUUGGAACUGACUGCCCACUUCCGAGCAUUUUGAUCAAAAUUUCGUCAAUUUUCGUAACGCUUAGUUUAGCGUUCAUAAAUUACAGAAGUGUACGGUCAGUGUUGAAAGCGGAAAUCAUUUUCACAGUCGGCAAAUUUCUUUCAAUGGGAAUAAUAAGCGUGGUCGGCAUAUAUAAUCUUGCACAAGGAAAUAUGGUUGGUCAGAAAAAUUUUAAAGGUGCUUUUGCGACUGAUGUGUUACAAGACCUCACAGCAAAAGACAUCGCAGUUGGUUUUUAUCAAGGAAUCUUUCCAUACGCAGGUUGGAUGUCACUUAAUGUAGUUGCAGAAGAAAUGAUAGAUGCUCCAAAGAAUUUACCACGAGCAACUUUACUUUCACUUGGAAUUGUUACGUUCAUGUAUCUUGCUGUGAAUGUCGGAUAUUUCUCAGUUCUCACUGUCCAAGAACUUGGUACAUCAUCUGCAGUCGCAUUGACGUUUGCAAACAAAGCGCUUGGCCCAAUGGCGUGGCUCAUGCCAGUAACUGUGUGUGUGUCAACACUUGGUAAUUUAUGUGCGGGAGUUUUGCUUAAAUCCCGGCGAGCAUUUGUUGCUGCGAGAAGCGGUUACAUGCCAAAGAUAUUUUCAAUGAUCCACGUUAAAUACCAUACACCGGGCCCUUCCCUUUUCGUGGGUGCGUCCACAAGCAUUGUGUUUGUGUUAAUAGGAGAUGUGAACACUCUAAUUUACGCCAAAGGGUUUAUGGAUUGGAUUUUCAUCGGUGCAAGUGCUGCGAGCGUGCUGAUAUUAAGAUACACAAGACCUGAUAUGCACAGGCCAUACAAGGCAAGUGCACGUUACUACGUUUUAUAAGCUUUCAAAUAAUGGCAGACCGUUAAAGAAAGGGGAGAGUAUUGGCUGCGGUAUAAAACGGUGCAAGUUUUCAUUUGUUUUUAUCGUCCGAAUUGAUAGUAAACAGAAUAUUAAGAAACGACGUAAAUUGUUAAAAACACGAUUACGAAAUAUGGGAUAUUAUGAGCUAACAGUAGCCUAUCCAAUUUACCCCAUAGUAUAUUUGUACCAUAUUACUUUUACAUAUAUACGGAUUUGUAUACAAAAUGGCGUAUAGUCCAGCACAUAAAAACUACACUGAAAUAAGCUACUAAUCACUAUUAUAUUGCAGGCACCAAUAAUCGCCCCCAUCCUGGCAUGUCUCUUUCCAAUAUUUUUCCUCGUUCUACCAUUGCUUGUUAAACCUCCAAUUUUCAUUCUAUACCUCGUCGCUUUUUGGCUGAUGAUUUUACCGAUAUAUUAUCUCUUUAUUGUAAAAAAGGUAGAAAUACCUGGCAUGCUAUACUUUACUACAGUCCUGCAGAAGCUCUUGUUGGUCGCUGAGACAGAUUGGGACGGCAUAACUUAUGUUAGUACAUAAUAUUUGCGUGGUAAGAUGGAUACCGUUAGCACAUAAUGACGUCCAACAUUUUUAAUCAUGUUUAAAACAAUUAACAACAUUCUUUUAGAGUCGUCAUAAUGUUGUUAGAUAUCUUUGUAAAUAUAUUUUGUUUACUGCUAAAUGUGAUGAUAAAAGAGAAUGAAAAAACUUCUUACUCUAUCCUAAUAUAACACAUUUUUAGUUGGAUUUUGACACGAACUGAUAAACGUUUGUUGUGUUUAAAUAAAUAAAGGUCUUGUGAUUCAAGUUGAUUAUACUUUAUAAUUAAUCAUGCUCAAGCCGCUACUUAGCCCUUUGAACAGACAAUAGGCUAUCGAUACUGCUAAAAUGGAAGACGCGAGGGUCAUUUACAAUUAAAAGUCAUUUAUCUAAACUGGUCGUCCUUUAAUGGGUUAUCCAAAUCGCCGGCCAUACAGAAAAAAAUACCCUAAAAGUUACACACGUAGUAACUCGUAAGUGGGUACGAGGUGUAUGAAAGCACCCGUGUUAUAACGACUGUCGUUGUCCCGCCACAUAAAAAUAAAAAAAAUCUACAAAUACUCCUAAAUAACAAAAUAUUCCAAACCAGAAACUUUUUUUGAAUGUUCCACGCGAUAUGCACGGUGUAUGUAUUGUUGUAAGCAUUUAACCAAUUUAUAUAUGUGUGUGUUUGUGUGGGAAUUAUCAACCAAUUAGUAAGCAAGAUAGAACGUACAAUAGUUAAUGUUAUGGGAGGCACUGCAGUUAUUUCAUGGGAGCUAAUAUACAGUACGCAACAUUCUGCCACGAGAGAAAAACGGAGAAAAAAGCAAAUACAAAAAAUGUUAGAAGCGUGUUUACAUGGUACACGUAAAAGAAACUGAAAUUACGAAACAUAAUUAUAUUUUGAAGAACUUGUUUUAAUAGUUCACGUUACAACCCUAUUUUGCUACUUUUGUGAAUUUUUGUUUUAACAUUUCGUGCAAAUUAUUUCUAGGUCUGUGUUUUUCACUAUUUAAAAAAGGAAGGAAAACUUUUUACCACAAGGUUUAUGAUUUAAGUGAUAAAAAUGUACAGAAAGUUUUUGAUUGCAACCCGAUUUAGUUCAAAUUGAAAUAAUAUGUAAGCAAGCACGCCACCAAGCUGCUAUGCUGGGAUCUGUGCAGUAACAAUACUGAAUUUGUCUGACAGGAAAAUGAACAAGAUAAAAAGAAAUGAGCACCGUGCAUGAAAUAUGAACCAUCCAGUAACAAACAGGUAGUGCAAACUAAAAGUCUGCAACUAUCGGAGCAAAAACUCAAUCACGCAAACUACAAAAGUGACGUAAAUAUCUCUGGUGUCGAAUGUGUUGAUAUAUUUGGCAAACCUGUGACCUGCUCUAAGCAGCUUUAGAGUUAUAGCAUGUGGGGUAAGAUGGAACACUUUUA